AUAGUAUUUUGUUUUUGACUAAUUAAUAUAGUAUUUUUAUCAAAACAAAAUUGUUUGUUAUUUUUUCCUUUCAGAAAAGAAAUACUCCUUCAUCUUUUUGGCAUGCCAACCACAACCAGCCACAGCCACAACACAAAGAAGCAAAAAGUGAUUAUAUAAAAAAAAAAAAAAGUGAUUUUAUCAAAAAAAUAUAAAUAAAAAAGCAAAAAGUGACUGUUCCUUUCCUUCAUCUUGGCAUGCCACCCAGCCAGUGCCACUACCCACUGCCACUCGACUUCCUUUCCUUUCCUUCUCUUUUUCUGUUUUCUUCUCUCUCUCUCUCUCUCUCUCUCUCUCUCUCUCUCUCUCUCUCUUUAUUUUUUUAGAGAGAGAAACCAAAACCAAAAAACCAAACAAAACGAAAAACAAGACACCGCAAAAACACAAAACGUUUCGUUUUCGUUAAGAAAUCAAAUCAAAUCACAAAACCAAACCCACUCUCUCCCCCCAACAUCACCAAACUAACAAACCUUCACACACAGAAAACAGAACAGAGACUCUCUCUCUCUCUCUCUACACUCUCUUCCGAGACAUAAACAAAUAUUUUUCUGCUUUUGAAUCCAGUGAAGAUUUCUUGUUGGCUAUCUCUCUUGAUAUCUUGUGAUUUGAGUCUGGUGUAUGCUGAAUAUGCAUGAAAAGAAGAUUUGUUGGAUGCUAAAGUUGUGAUUCAUUGACAUAGAUGAAAUGAAGACAGCGAAAUUUUGGCGUCUAAGUUUGGGUGAUAUGCAGUUCUUGCCUGGAUCUCGACACCGUCCUCCAAUGAAAAAGCCAAUGUGGAUUUUUGUUCUGGUUUCAUUUGUAAUCAUGUUUUUAACUUGUGCUUAUAUCUACCGGCUAAAAAACCGUACAGCUUGUAACAUGUUCAAUUCUAGAGGAUGCAAUACUAUCGAUCAUUGGUUUCCUCCGGUUCCUUCAAGGGAAUACACAGAUGAUGAGAUUGCAGCACAUGUUGUUUUUAGAGAUAUUUUGAACUCCCCAAUAGUUAUGCCAGAAAAUCCAAAAAUCGCCUUCAUGUUUUUGACGCCUGGUUCUCUACCAUUCGAAAAAUUGUGGGAUAACUUCUUCCAAGGUCAUGAAGGGAAGUUCUCCGUUUAUGUGCAUGCAUCUAAGUCUAAACCAGUUCAUGCUAGCCGAUAUUUUGUUAAUCGAGAUAUACGCAGUGAUCAGGUGGUAUGGGGGAAAAUGUCCAUGGUUGAUGCCGAGAGACGACUACUGGCAAAUGCUCUACAAGAUCCUCGUAACAUGCACUUUGUUUUACUUUCUGAUAGCUGUGUGCCGCUUUAUAAUUUUGACUAUAUUUUCGAUUAUCUGAUGUAUACAAAUAUCAGCUUUGUGGACUGCUUUAAGGAUCCCGGUCCUGUUGGCAAUGGAAGAUAUUCAGAACAUAUGCUACCUGAAGUUGAGAUUAAGGACUUUAGAAAGGGUGCUCAGUGGUUCUCUAUGAAGCGGCAGCACGCUGUUAUUGUUAUGGCUGACCACAUGUACUACUCAAAAUUUCAAGGUCACUGUGAGCCUGGUGUGGAUGGGAAGAAUUGUAUUCCAGAUGAGCAUUACUUACCGACCUUCUUCACGAUUGUCGAUCCGAGUGGAAUUGCAAACUGGUCAGUAACUCAUGUUGACUGGUCUGAGCAAAAAUGGCAUCCAAAAUCAUAUAGGACUCAGGAUAUUACUUAUGAGCUUUUGAAGAAUAUUACGUCCAUUGAUGAAAGCGUGCACGUCACCAGUGACGAGAAGAAAGAAGUACAAAGAUGGCCUUGCUUAUGGAACGGAGUUCAGAAGCCUUGUUACCUAUUUGCUAGAAAAUUCACUCCUGAAACUGAAGACAGUUUGUUGAAGCUUUUUUCCAAUUAUUCAUCCGCUUGAGCCAGAAAAAUUUUCUAUCAAUUCUUUGGUCGGAUCAGACGUUGAUUUCGGCCGUCAUCUUGGUUCUCAUACAAGAGUUGUAAAUUGUAGCAGUAUUGAAGUGAUCACAUCUAGCUGUUGAUACAAGAUGUAAGUUGAAAUACUGGCAAUGCAGUUAGGGUUGAUCUAUAGGAAGCUACUGAUUUUACUGUUGCUUCCUUGGUGAUUCAUAGUUUGGAUUCUUUUCCCCCCUUCCAUUUUGGAUUAUGAAAGUUUUGCAAUUGCACAACAUAUUUUGAGGGUUAGGGGAGAUGGUACUCAUUUUCUGGUUGGUCUUUUGUAAACUUUGCAAAGUGAUUAGUUGAAUAUACAAAUAUUCUUGGAAUCUUGUUCAGGAUUUGAAAUACGGCGAAGGUUACCGCGGAUCAUUUACACCUUAGCCGGUUCAUAGUGUACCGCCUUUGUAUACCGUUUGAUUAUCUAGUCUUCACUUUCAUACUCUA